GUAGUAGGUUACGUUGCAUGUCGCUUGUUUGGAACAGGUGUGCUACUUGGUGUUCUGAUCAGUAGAAUUUGGUCCUACAUUUGUGCUCUAGUAACGAAGCCCUGUCUUUGAUGCGCCAUACGGUAGACUGUGUAGACUCGGUGUUAUAGGGAUGCGAGCGUCGAGUCUGAUGUGUCCUGUAUAUACAAUUUGUAUACAGUCAGUAAAGUUUGACACCGUAGACAGCUUUCGAAAACGCACACGCCCUUCUUGACAUUCUGCUCAAAGGCAGCGCUCCAAUUAUGUGAUAUUAGGAGAAACACACGACCCACUGCAUACUAUGGGCAGUCUUCGACCGUGUCACGUAUGCAGCAGCAUUACUGGACCACCAAGCAGGCAUUCCUCCGGAAAUUUGGCCGCAAGGAAGAUGACUGUAUUAUUGCCAGUGACGCAGAGCUGGAUGCUAAGCUGGAGCUCUUUGGUGCCAUUCAGGACUCCUGCACCAACUUGCUGAGGGUGCUAGAGAACUACCAAGAUAGAAUUUUGGCGUUGAGCCAAGAAGAAAAUGCACUGGGACGAUUUCUCAAGGAAUGCGGAAAGCAAGACAAGACGCGUGCUGGGAAGAUGAUGGGAGCAACUGGAAAGAGCAUGAGUUACUCUGCCCAGCAGAGGUUAACCUUGCGUGUGCCCCUUGUACGGCUAUAUCAAGAAGUGGAAACCUACCAGUUCCGUGCCAUAGCCGACACUUUAGCUACUGUGGAAAAGAUGGAGCGGGCACGCACUGACUAUCGUGGUGCUUUGCUUUGGAUGAAAGACAUCUCGCAGCAGUUGGAUCCAGAUACAUACAAACAGCUAGAAAAGUUCAGGAAGGUCCAGGGGCACGUGAAACGGACAAAGAUGAAGUUUGAAAAGCUAAAGUUGGACACACUACAGAAGGUGGACCUGCUUGCAGCAUCUCGUUGCAACAUGUUCUCUCAUGUCCUCGCCGCCUAUCAGAAUGCUCUGUUGGCAUUUUGGGAGAAAACAUCUUCCACCAUGACGAAUGUUGCAGAAAGCUUCAAGGGCUAUCAGCAUUAUGACUUUAUCGUAGUGAAGGAACUACAGGAACCCAGCAGAAAGCUUGCAGAAGAAAUGGGGAACGGUGAAGACAAACCUAGCAAAGAAGAUGGUGACAAAGACAGGAUGCUCUUCUUUGACUCUGAAUAUCGUGAUGAUGAUAGCAAGAGAGACCCCAAGGCUCGUGACAAAAAGAAAAAACGAAAAGAGAAACAGCAGAGACGCAGCAAUGACAGUUGCACUGGCAGCAAAGGAGCCACAGCUGACAUUCAGAAACCUGACAACAGGUCGCAGGGAAGCGUGGAUGACGUGCCACUUCUCAAUUUGGAUGAACCUUCGGAAGGUCAUGCAGCACCACCACCUCAGGCUUCAGCUGGCAGUGCCCUUCCGUUACCACCCACCCCGGAUACUAGUAAGACCCAAUAUGAGAGCAGCAGAAAGGAAGGAGAUGAGAGCAGCCAAAAUUGUGCAGGGAAGCCCGACCUGCUAACCCACAACCCUGAAGUGAGUGACAUGGAAAAAGAUGACAUGACACUGCUCACAGAGAUCCUAAACUCGACGGAGGCCACCUUCGUAUCGGCAGUCCCACCUCCAUCUGAGGGGAGCUUUACGCAGCAGUGGCAGUCGGCGUUUGGAGAUUUGACCCCAAGUCCGCAGAAAACUGCAACCUUUGCCAGCCUGCCUCGCUCGGAGGAGCCCCCACCAACUCCGUUGUCCGAAGGGUCUACCCAGUUCCUUCCCUCGCACUUGCUGGAUCUGGAGUGUGGCCUCGCUGGACUUCAGUUAGAUGGGCAAUGUAGGUCCUUCUAUACAUCAUCUCCCUGCCCACAGUCAGUGAAAGCACACAUGGACAUGGUGCUGCCACCCACUCCAGUGACAGAAUUGAUGAAGCCUGUCACUACAGCAGCUCUCACACCUCAGCAUCAUCGCCCGUCAUCGUUAGCAGCGACGCCUUCACCUUCAGUGCCAGUCCCGAGAAAGACACAGGAUAAGAAAGAUAUGUCAGCUUGGUUCAGCUUGUUUGCUGACCUGGACCCCUUGGCCAAUCCUGAUGCCAUUGGCAAAAAGUCCACUGAGGAAGACAGGAACUGUUAGGCUGAACGAAGAGGUUGGAGUUCUGCUGAAGCAAGAGGUACAAAAGGUUUAGGCAUUUGGGGCAAAACUGUGGCCCUUGUCAAAAUUUCCGAUGGUGUCUAUUAAAGCCAUUUUGAGCAAAUUGCCUAGCAUCUGUCAUCACAGCCCCUGGAAAAUACAUUGUGGUCUUGAAGUGAA